AUGCUGAAGCAGAGCGAGCGGCGGCGGUCCUGGGGCUACCGGUCCUGGAACACUCCGGAGAGCGAGCAGGCACCCGAGGCCGGGGCCGGGGCCGGCGCGCCGCGGCGCAGCGUCUGCUCCGUGGGGACCCGCUCCGGCUCCCAGGCCAGCCUCGCGCCGUGGACCGAGGGCAACUAUAACUACUACAUCGAGGAGGACGAGGACGGCGAGGAGGACGACGACCUGCGGGACGAGCCGGGCGAGGAGGCUCGGCAGCCCGAGGCCCAGGGCGCCCCGCCGGCCGGCAGCCCCGACCUCGCGGGCGCGCCGUCGGCGCUGCGCGUGAACGUGGGCGGCCAGAGCUACCGCCUGGACGGCCGCCAGCUCGCCUGCUUCCCCAAGACGCGCCUGGGCCGCCUGGCCACGAGCACCAGCCGCGGCCGCCGGCUGGGCCUGUGCGACGACUACGAGGAGCGCACGGACGAGUACUUCUUCGACCGCGACCCGGCCGUCUUCCAGCUGGUCUGCAACUUCUACGCGUCGGGGGUGCUGCUGGUGCGGGACGAGCUGUGCCCGCGCGGCUUCCUGGAGGAGCUGGGCUACUGGGGCGUGCGGCUCAAGUACGCGCCGCGCUGCUGCCGCAUCUGCUUCGAGGAGCGGCGCGACGAGCUCAGCGAGCAGCUCAAGGUGCAGCGCGAGCUGCGCGCACAGGCGCAGGCGGAGGAGGCCGAGGAGCUCUUCAGCGACAUGCGCUUCUUCGGGCCGCAGCGCCGCCGCCUCUGGAACCUCCUGGAGAAGCCCUUCUCGUCCGUGGCCGCCAAGGCCAUCGGGGUGGCCUCCAGCCUCUUCGUGCUCAUCUCGGUCGUGGCGCUGGCGCUCAACACGGUGGAGGAGAUGCAGCAGCCGGCGGGGCCCGGCGCGGGCGGCGGCGGUGGCGGCGGCGGUGGCGGCGGCGGCGGCGACGCGCGGCCCGUGCUGGAGCACGUGGAGGUGCUGUGCAUCGCCUUCUUCACGCUCGAGUUCCUGCUGCGCCUCGCCUCCACGCCCGACCUGCGGGGCUUCGCGCGCAGCGCCCUCAACGUGGUCGACCUGGUGGCCAUCCUGCCGCUCUACCUGCAGCUGCUGCUCGAGGGCGUCACGGGCGAGGACCCGCGGCAGGGCAAGGGCUCGCCGCGCGAGCACGACCUCGAGGCGGUGGGCCGCGUGGGCAAGGUGGGCCAGGCGCUGCGCGUCAUGCGCCUCCUGCGGGUGCUGCGCGUGCUCAAGCUGGCGCGCCACUCCACCGGCCUGCGCGCCUUCGGCUUCACGCUGCGCCGCUGCUACCAGCAGGUGGGCUGCCUCAUGCUCUUCAUCGCCAUGGGCGUCUUCACCUUCUCGGCCGCCGUCUACUCCGUGGAGCACGACAUCCCCAACACCAACUUCACCAGCAUCCCCCACGCCUGGUGGUGGGCCGCGGUGAGCCUCUCCACUGUGGGAUACGGAGACAUGUACCCAGAGACCAUCCUGGGCAGGCUUUUUGCCUUCCUCUGCAUUGCUUUUGGAAUUAUCCUCAACGGGAUGCCGAUUUCCAUCCUCUACAACAAGUUCUCUGAUUACUACAGCAAGCUCAAAGCUUACGAGUAUACGGCCAUGAGACGGGAAAGGGGAAACGUAGAGUUCCUGCAAAGAGCCAGAAAGAAGAUGGCGGAGUGUUUGGCUAAAAGCCUCCUACAGCCCCAGCCAAGGCCAGCGAGGUGAUGUUUCAAGGGACACAUGGCUAGUAGACCCCGCGAACCUCAAGGUUUUAGUUCUCCUUUGUAUUAUCAGAAUGGACGGUACAAGAGCACAGGAGACAGUCCUACACAGCGGGCAUCCAGCUCAGAGUUCUUCUCCUGGAAAUGUCCAUCUUGGCCCAGACUGGGCCUGCCUCCUUUGUUCUUUAACCGUAUUGUGGGCAUCUGACCUCCCCAGGGACACUGGUCACGAAAACUUGAGAGGAGCAACAUCUUCUCAUGGCUUCUCAGUAAGUAUUUCUGAACUUGAGUUGACAUGAGAAGAGUUUCCUUGAAGAAAGAAAACGGUUUUUCAGAGAGAAAGAGAGGCUUUUGCAGCAUGUGCUUUAGUUAGACCAACCUCAAAGGCCCAGACCCACUGGACAUAGGGUUUAGGGAAGUUGCUUUAACUGUCUCAGCCUCAGUUUCUUCAAUUGUAAAAAGUAGGUAAUAAGACCUACCUUGUGAGAUCAGCUGGGCAU